UUAAGCAAUAUAAAUUUUCUCCUUUUUCUUUCAUCACAGAUCACAGAUCACUGCUCUUUUCGGGUCAGAAUAUCGCAUUUUCUUUCCCCGUCUCCUCAAUUCAGACAUCAACGAUUAUUUCAAAAUUAUUAGAUCCGAGUUACCGAAAGUGUGCCGAGGCUGAGUUGUGUGAGAGUAUUGUAAUAUUGACAAACAAAGAAACCGGCCCGGGGUUCUCGUUCCUGUUGCUUAGGAGCGCGUAGCGCGGCGCGCAUGCGCGGGUCUUCUACGUAACGGAGUCGGCGAGAAGCGGCGCUUGUACCGGCGGACAGUCCGUUCUAGUACAGCGGUUCGUUCGUGUCUCGUGUGACGAGCUGUCGGGCUUCCAGUUUCUAACGUGCCUACUAUUCAGUCGAUUCGUGUCUUUGUACGAGGAGGAGGAAUUCGAUCAAAAUGAGUGAGGAACAGUGGGAUAACGACAUUUCGCAACCACCAAUGGACUCGUCCUUGUACGAGCAAGGACGUGCGCCAGUCAAAGGCAAAGGACGUGGAACGAUUAUAUACAACAAUAACAACGAUGACUACCGUGUGGGCGGUGGUGACUCUCAUGAUGGUGAAAAAACAGAUUAUCAGGAAAGCCGUAGAGAUAGAACCAAUAAUAGAGAUUACGGCAAUAACAGAUCCAAUGGCGGCAAUAGAUUCGGAGGGAACGACAAACCGCGUUACGGAAAUAAUCGAGAAGAUGACGAUGGUAAUGGCCGCAGAUGGCAAGGACAAGGCAAUAGAAAUAACGGCGAUUGGGAUAAGCGAAACAGAAAUAAAAACGACGGCGAAACCGAGGAUGGCGGCAACUAUAGAAACGAUAGGAGAGAUGAAUCAAGAAGAGAUAGAAACAUAAGGGGUGAAGGUGGUGGAAGUUAUGGUGGUGGUAGAGAUAGAAGAGGUGGCGAUCGUGGUAAUUACGGUGAUAGAACUGAUGAUAGAAAUGAUAAUCGUAACGAUAGGGGACGUAGGAGGGACGGCGAUGGAGAUGGUGAUAAGGAUGAUGACAGCCCGCCGAAGAACAGAGAGAUUUAUAUCCCACCAGAUGAACCAGAUGAUGAGAACCAUUUAUUUGGAAACGACGUGUCGAUGGGAAUAAAUUUCGACAAAUAUGACGACAUCGAGAUAAAAGUCUCGGGUGAGAAUGCACCGCUUCCAAUAAAUUCUUUUGACACAAGCGGUAUCAGAAGUCUUAUUGUAGAAAAUAUUAAAAAAUCCGGUUACAAGAGGCCUACUCCUGUUCAGAAACACGCAAUCCCGAUUGUAAUGAGCGGUCGCGAUUUGAUGGCUUGCGCGCAAACGGGCUCAGGAAAAACUGCAGCCUUCGUAGUUCCUAUCUUACAUACAUUAUUGGAAUAUCCAAAGGAUUUGGUUAAAACUGGCACAUCUUGCGAACCACAUGUGGUUAUUAUAUCGCCUACGCGCGAGCUAACUUCACAGAUACAUCAGCAGGUCCGGAAGUUUGCCCUGGGCUCUAUUCUGAAAAGUGAGCUGAUUUACGGAGGGACAUCGGUGAUGCAUCAAGGAAACAGAGUUUCAAAUGGUUGCCACAUUCUUGUUGCAACUCCAGGUAGAUUAUUGGACUUCCUUGGAAGAGGCAGAAUUAGGUUAUCUUCUUUACGUUUCUUGGUGCUCGACGAAGCUGAUCGAAUGCUAGAUAUGGGCUUCAUAGGGGACAUAGAGAAAAUCGUAGACCACGAGACAAUGGUGCCUUCAGAAGAAAGACAAACACUGAUGUUUUCCGCCACAUUCCCAAGUGACAUACAAGAACUCGCAGGGCGAUUUCUGAGGAAUUAUUUAUUCCUCGCGGUUGGAAUCAUCGGUAGUGCUUGUUCCGACGUGGAACAGAAUUUCUAUCAGGCCUCCGGACAACCCGAGAAGCGGAAGCUGCUGAAGGACCUGAUACAGAAACAGAGCGAAACUAGCAACAUAGAAGGCAUUUUAGUAUUCGUCGAGCAAAAGCGGCACACGGACUUUAUUGCUGCUUUCUUAUCAGAAAAUAAUUUUCCAACGACCAGCAUACACGGCGAUAGACUGCAAAGGGAACGAGAAGAGGCCUUGUCUGAUUUCAAACGGGGCAAGAUGUCUAUCUUGGUAGCAACAGCAGUAGCUGCGCGUGGUUUAGAUAUCAAGAAUGUUGCUCAUGUAAUUAACUUCGAUUUACCCAAGUCGAUCGAUGAGUACGUUCAUAGGAUCGGACGAACUGGUCGAGUGGGCAAUCGCGGUAAAGCGACUUCCUUUUUUGACUCUGCAACCGACAUACCUCUCACUGGCGAUUUGGUUCGGAUUUUAAAACAAGCUGGCCAACCGGUGCCCGACUGGUUAGAGUCCGGCGGUGGCGGCGGUAGCAGAACUUUUGCGCCCGGCCGAGGAUCAAGACGAUUCGGCGGAGUAGACAUCAGAAACAAUAAAGAUGGAUACGGAGAAUCGUAUGAUGAAGUUAUUGGUGACGAAACUCCCGUACAAGCGGAACCAGAAGAGAACUGGUAAAUACGAUACGAGAGAACUGGUACGACAUACUUUUAUAUGACAUUGCGAAGAUGCAAUUGUUAAAGACAACAAAAUUAAUGUACGUUAUUCGAUACGGUAAAGAUUACUAAAUUUCAUUUAUUUUUUUCUUUUCUUUAAAUGUACAAAUGUACAUUAAAUGUAACAUGUACAAGUUGUCGCAUAAUUCACCUUAACGCAUUUCGCAAAAAUGAGAAAGUCAUAUAUAUAUAUUUUUUGUUUAUAAUGCCAAUUAGAGGCCUACAUACAAAGACAACGUAUAAUUGUAAUUAUACGUACAUGCAAAAGUACAUGCAAACUAAAUGUAACUACAUGUACUUUCCAAUAAUUAAAUUUUAGCUAUUAAGUUAUAUUGAUGUUCCUCGUUACGUUAUAAGCGAAAAUAGUGUGUUAAGUUCCAAUCAAAUUUUUUAGUUUAAAGUUGUUUUUAUAACAUUCGUUUUUUUAUGGCGGAUUCGUAGUGAAUCCUUUACCUCACAAAACAUAAGUUUACGUUAUAAAAACACUGAAGAAAUGUUUUACUUUAUGAAACCGUUGCUUAUGUUCUUCGCUGAUAAGCAUUUUUGUAUGUUUAUUUUUGUAAUAAACUUAUUUUUUAAUAUUAAAUA